AUGGCGCAGAUCAUCGACGGCGAGGGCAUUGCCGCCGACAUCCGCCGCGAGGUGCCGGGGCUGGCGGUGCUGAUCGUGGGGAGCUGGAAGGACUCGCGGACCUACGCCGACAUGAAGUGCAACGCCUGCGGCGACGUCGGCAUCCGCUCGGUCCUCGUCGACCUCCCCGAGGACACCUCCGAGGCCGCGCUCGUCGCCGAGGUCCACCGCCUCAACGCCGACCCCGCCGUGCACGGAUUGGAUGAAGUUGGAUCAGAAGAGACCGAGUAG